AUGGGCAUCAGGAAGACGUAUGAUCGUGUGGCACGUAGGUUCUUUUGGCCUGGGUUGAAGGGAGAUAUCUCAAGGUACAUCCGAGAGUGUCAUACCUGUCAAAUGACUGGAAAACCUAACCAAAAGAUACCAAUGGCCCCAUUACAACCUAUUCCCGCUGUGUCCGCACCUUUUGAAUACCUGCUGGUGGACUGUGUUGGGCCACUGCCUCGUUCCCGAGCUGGGCACUGCUAUCUCCUGACUAUUAUGUGUCAGUCUACUCGCUACCCCUGUGCCUACCCUCUCAGGUCCAUCACUGCUCGUUCUGUUCUUAAGGCGUUAACUGACUUUAUGUCCACAUUUGGCAUUCCUCGGGUCAUACAAUCGGACCAAGGGACGAACUUCAUGUCCAAGCUGUUCGCUAGGGCGUUGCGCCAGCUUAAAGCUAAACACAACAUCUCCAGUGCAUAUCACCCACAGAGUCAGGGGGCUCUGGAACGGUUCCACCAGACCCUAAAGUCAUUGUUAAGGUCUUUUUGUGUUGAACUUUCCAGUGACUGGGAAGAGGGUCUCCCCUGGCUACUACUGGCCAUCCGUGAGGUCGCUCAGGAGAGUAUUGGGUUUAGUCCCAAUGAGCUUGUGUUUGGACAUGCUGUUCGAGGUCCUACCACAGUAUUAGCCGAUGAGUGGAGCACUAAGCAGCCUCCUGCAAAUGUGCUAGACUAUGUCAGUGGUUUCAGGUACCGCCUCUAUCAAGCCCGUGCAGCAGCAAGGAAAGCGCUAGCGAGAUCACAAUGCAAGAUGCAGCGUCUUUUCGAUCGGAAAACUACAGAGCGGUAUUUUGAAAAAGGGGACCAGGUUCUCGCCCUGCAGCCCAUCAUACAUAGUCCCUUCCAAGCCCGUUUCGCUGGUCCUUACACGAUUGUAAAAUGUCUUUCGGGCCACAACUGUUUAAUUGCUACUCCAGACCGGAAAAAGAAGGUGCAGGUUUGCCAUGUAAAUCUUCUCAAGGCUUAUUUUUCGCCUGUACCUGUUGGGUUGGUAACUCCUCCUGUGUGCCCUCCCUUUCAGAGGGGCUCUUUGCUGUCACCUCUAGGGGAAAAGGGGAGUGAGGCUAGUGCCGACUUUGAUGAGGAUGUGACCGCGCCCUCUUGGGAAGUAACUGAGGGACGGUUAAGAAACUCUGAGAUGCGAGCGCAGUUACAUAAGCAUCUGUCUCAUCUGUCAGAAAGGGAACGAGCUGAUGUGGUUGAACUGAUUAAUGCUUUCCCAUCUCUUUUCGCAGAUGUGCCGAGCUGUACCACUGUUGUUGAGCACGACAUCGAUGUAGGCUCAGCUAUGCCUAUAAAACAACAUCCCUAUCGCGUGAAUCCCACCAAACGGGCUAUACUGGGUCAAGAGGUGGACUACCUAUUAAAACAUGAUUUGGCUGAGCCCAGUUUUAGUCCAUGGAGCUCUCCUUGUAUUUUAGUGGGUAAGCCGGAUGGGACUUACAGAUUCUGUACAGACUAUCGAAAGUUAAAUUCAGUCACAAAACCUGACUGUUUCCCUCUUCCCCGCGUGGAUGACUGCGUUGAUCGAGUCGGAGCGGCUAGGUAUGUAAGCAAGUUUAAUCUGUUGAAGGGGUAUUGGCAGGUGCCUUUGACCCCUUGUGCAAGGGAGUUGUCUGCGUUUGUUACACCAGAUAACUUCCUGCAGUACAAAGUGAUGCCUUUUGGCGUACGGAAUGCGCCUGCCACCUUCCAGUGCCUCAUCAAUCAUGUCCUAUCAGGAUUGACGGGGUGUGACGCAUAUCUCGAUGAUGUGGUAGUGUUUAGUUCCACCUGGCCAGAACAUCUGGUUCAAAUCAGAGAGUUGUUUAACCGCCUCGCCAAGGCCAACCUGACUGUUAAUCUCGCCAAGUGUGAGUUUGGGAAGGCAACGGUCACCUACUUGGGUAAGGUGGUUGGUCGGGGCCAAGUCCAUCCUGUUGGGGCCAAAGUUGAGGCCAUUUGCAAUUUUCCAGCGCCUUCCAAUCGCCGGGGGUUGCGGCGUUUCCUUGGAAUGGUGGGCUACUAUCGGGGGUUUUGUGAGAAUUUUGCCACGGUGGUUACACCAUUGACUAACAUCCUUAGUGUCAAGGUUCCUUUUCACUGGACAGACGCCUCCCAACAAGCGUUUGAGGCUGCCAAGGCUCUGCUGUCCAGCGCCCCUGUUUUGGCUGCACCGACAUUUGAAAAACCUUUCAAAUUGGCUGCUGAUGCCAGUGAUUGUGGCGCGGUGGUGCUGUCCUUCUCCAGGUGGGUUCCGAUGGUGUCGAUCAUCCGGUUUGUUAUUUCUCCAGGAAGUUCAAUCGACAUCAAAUGGUUUACUCAACCAUAGAGAAGGAGGCACUAGCACUUGUUUGGGCAGUCCAAUAUUUUGAUGUAUAUUUGAGUUCUGCUUCUGUUCCCAUUACUGUUUACACUGACCAUAACCCUUUGGUCUUCAUAGACAGAAUGCGGACUUCAAACCAGCGGAUUAUGCGCUGGAGUUUGAUCCUCCAGCCUUAUUCCCUAAAAAUAGUACACAUUAAGGGUAUAGACAAUGUAAUUGCCGACGCUCUCUCUAGAGUUUGGUCGAUGUAGUUCUGUGACCUGAUCUCUCCUCUGUGUCUUCCGUUUUCCAAGGAUCCAGGAUGUUGGGGGUCCGGAGAUGGGACAGGGUCACGGGGCUCUUUUUCUUUUUUUCUUUUUCAGGUUUCCUGGGAGGAACCUUCUUGGGGAAGGAGAUGUUACGACCCCCUGUGCCCUGCACACCCUGCCUGCAGUCCCUAUACUGGCCAUAUGGAGGCAGCAGGCUGUGGACCUGCAAUGGAGCAUGAUGAACAGUGAUUAUCCACACCUGGCGCCAGGUGUGGAUAUUAAAGCACUGCUACGCCUGAUGGGAACGCUUCUCAGCUUCCGCUACUCACACACACUUUUUGUCAACGCUCCUACUCACCUACAUACCCACGACACGCA